UUCAACAAAAACAGUGAAUUCAUUGAGUCUUCAGUUUGUGAUAAAAGUGGUGAUGAAAACGACGAGCCGGACAACAGCCGGCGCUCACCUGACGGCCCCCCUCGCCGGCCGUCCAGUGGUAGCGCUUCCGACGCUCGCAGUCAUAGCAGUGGUGCCAAUGAGUCCAAUGAGAGCGCCGAUAGCUCUCAGCGGCCGUCCAACCAAACGUUCAAAUGCCGGCCCACACGGCGUACGAUCUCCGAGUCCUCUAACGAGUUGAUAGCGCGAGGAAUACUGAAAUACCCGCACAAUUGGAUCCGUCGCACGGUUUCUGAGUCGAGCUGUGAUGUGAUCGUCGAAAAUGGCUCCGACUUUGAUCUCCUGUUCUCAUCGGUCGAAGACAUCUACAGCGACGACGACAUCGCCGGUGAGCACCGGAUGGGCGCCAAGAAGAACGUGCGCUUCAGUGACAACGUCUCGAAAACCAUAUAUCGGCCGAACUCUAGUAUUUUGGGCCGAAAGCUGAAGAACCAAAAGCGCUCGAAAGCGCGUAAGAAUUCCCACCGAAAGGAUAGUUUGACGGAAAAUGUGUCCAAAAUGUUAAAGACCGACAAACUGGAGACCGAACGGAGCCGUCAGGACAGCGGUUACGACAGUGAAGACAACGGCCACUCCGGCGGUGAUGUCGGCCGCGACGGCGCCGAUGUCUCCAACAAAGCGUACAAUAAUUGUAUUGAAAUCGAAACGGGUAUCGAAAACCUUAAGUGCUUUGAAAACAGCAUUCCAUACGUUAGGAUGAGAUUUAUAUAUGACUUAACGUUAAUCACAAUAUGUUUGCAACUAUUGAACGGUUGGGUUGAGUCCGUGGACUACGCGGACGAAGAGCACGAGGAGAUUGCGGCCAAUAACAGCUCCACAGAGAGGGUAACGGCGCCCAAAGAGCCCAUAAUCAACAACAUCAAAGACAUCGAGAGGUUGGCCCGGUUUGUGCUGCUGAGGGCCCAUAUAAUCCUCGAUCCGACCCAUAAAAUCAAGUUAAAUGAGUCGCGUGUGAGUCGACUGAUAGACCACUUCCACGACAUACAACUGCGCGGCCGUAAGUCGCCGAUGGAGGACAGGGAUCUCGGAUGCGAUCAGUUGUCCAGUAAAAAGAAGAAUAGCAAAGAGCUGUGCGAAGCGGUUACCUCUGAGUGUCUGUCCGCCAGCGAAAUGUUAGAUCUGGUGCCCAAGGAGUCGAUGGACAUCCAUCAGGUCAUCGCCCGGUUGUGUCCACUCAUACUCUUCCGAAAGACGCGUCCGAUUUGUGACGGAGACGCCAUUCGCUCGCAUGAAGAAGAGGAUCAGACACUCAAACUGCCGGCGUCCGACCCCACGACACCAGACGUACAGUACGCUCAGCACCAGUCGUUUGAAAUGAGGCGCAUUCGGUCCAACUCGGAGGCAGUGGGCGGCGCACAGAGGGAGGCGCUGAUGAACUCCACUCGCGAACAGUUGGCUCAAUGCAUGUCUACCGUCAACGUAGUGCCCGUCAGUGCCAACCAAUACGCGGCCUCAGACGGCGCCAAAUCGGUGGACAAAGCGGACACCAAAGCGCACGCGAAGGAGAACUUCGUGCCGGGAGUCCGGAGCCGACGCUUCGACCAGAACUCGCCGCCCACUGUCACCAUAGACACCGUCGCCUGGAUGAUAGUGUUGGGCGACGCUCUGCUCAACUUUAUCGACGGCCUGUCCAUUGGCGCCGCCUUUGAUCGCAACAUUAUGGCCGGAAUUAGUAUAUCAGUGGCCGUUAUGUUGGAAGAGGUGGCCCACAGGUUGGGUACGUUUGCUGUCCUCAUACGCGCCGGUAUGACAAUGAAACAGAGCUUUCUCUACAUACUGUUGUGCGCCUGUGCCUGUUAUCCGGGUCUAGCGCUCGGCAUAUUCCUGGGCGACGAGGCAGAGGAGGCCAGUCCUUACAUAUUCGCUUUGGCCGGCGGUUUCUUCCUAUACAUGGCUCUCGUGGAUGUGAUGCGAGCGAUGAACCGGUCGAUGGAGAACGCCUCCCGAAAGGGGGUGCGGAGUAUGUUCUACAUAUGGGCCCUACAGAACGUGGGCAUCGUUUUGUCGGUCAUAUUCCUAUCACUACUGGCCUUCUAUGAGAGGGAAAUGGAUUUCGAGACCAUUGAGUUGGAAGAGAUCGCCGAACACUCGCUGGAG